AUGAGGAGCGUGAGCGACCCGUCCUUAGGGACUGUUGGUACCACCACGCAGCUUGUGUCUCAAACUAGUCAGACCAACAUACCUACGAUACAACAAACAAAAAAAAAGGAUGGCUAUGUUGGCAAAUCUUUCUUCCACGGUCGCUUACAACAGUUCACCAUCGCUUUGUUGCAACUGCCGUGGCACCUUCAUUGGCAGGUUACUAUAUUUAUAGCAGUUACUUACAAUUUUAUUGUACUUCUGCUGUGGACGUAUGUUUUGGAGAGCAAUUCUAUAUUUCUGUACAUUGCGACUUCUGUGGUAGAAGUUAUUUUCAUCCUGGAUUUUGUCAUCAACGUGCUCCAUUACUAUUGGGCGGCGGUUCGACUCCACAUUAGGGUGUACAGACGAAGUUUCGUCGCGUUGACAUACGACGGAAUAUCCAUUCUCCCUUUCUAUAUGUUUCGUCAUUAUAACUUUUAUCUUGCCAGAGAGAGAAAUAAUUGCGAUCCUACUAAUAUUUAUUACAGAUACUUGGCUUGUUUGUAUUAUUGUUCCUGUCGGUGCUUUAACACAAUAUUUGGAGAUGCAUUUCCGAUGCGAGACAAUGCCAAGGUACUAACAACAUUAAUUAUGAUCACCGGGUUUGCUGUGGUGCGUUAUUGGUUUGUGGGCGCUCUGGCUUGGGAGUACGUCCUGGAUAACCAUCUCUGGGCAGACUUCGUCGAACAGUAUCAUCACAUGGUAAAGUACCUUGUGGAUUGUGGAGCACCGACUUAUCUGGUGGAACAAGCGAAGGAGUAUAAACAUCAACUGUGGAAUAUGAAGGGGGGUGUACUAACAUCUAACUAUUUGAUGGAGCUACCACACUGUCUCAAGACCGACCUCAUCUUUGACAUAAACGUUCCAUAUUUUCACAGGACGCUCUUGUUCAGAGAUACUGGAGAAGGUUUUCUGCGUCAAAUUUCUCCUCUAAUGACGCACCAGCUAUAUCUUGAAGGACAGUCGAUCUGGAGCCAGGGUGUCGUCAAGAGUGGCAUGUUUUGUAUCAAGAAGGGAGUCAUCGAAAUGCUAUCUGAUGAGGACGAUGAAAGCCCUAUGAUCGCGUUUGGUGAAGGCACUGUUCUAGGAGAGUUGAGCUUAUUCUACUCAAUACCGGCGAAAGUAACAGUGAAAGCUGCCACUUAUGUUGAAUUGCAGAUAUUGAAGAGAAUACAUUUUAUGCGGGCUAUGGCAGAGAAUCCUCAAACGUUUUCAAUAAUACGUGAAAGGAUGUGUUCAAGACUGCAGAAGAUGAAAGCCAAACAGGAAGAUAUUGAGGAAUAUGACAAGUGUGACUCGAGGUUGAUUCGAACCCGGUACAGGCCAAUGAAACUAUUCAAGGAUCGUCUGGCGGGGGUUGAAGAAGAUGACCCUACUUUUGUGGACGACUCUCACUUGUACUACAGAGACAGAAACAAUCAGAGGCUUCCGAAAUUCACGACAGACUAUAUGGAGCUGUAUCAGCUAUGUAACAAUGUCACCACGGUGGAUGCACCACACAUUGUUCUUAAUUCCGAAUUCCCAUGGAUUCUUCGGCCUGAUACCUCGUUUACAUUAAUGUUUAGUAUAAUCCACUUCUGUAUAAUUCUAUACAUAUGCAUAGCAUUUCCACUCCAAGCGAUUGAUCUCGACAUAUCUGAUAAUCAGUAUGUUGUGAAUUCCAUUAUUAUGGUCGGCCUACUAAUGAACAUUUAUGUACAGAUUACCACGGCUAUAAUAGACGAGGGAUUGAGUAUCACUACUAUAGGUGGUAUAACAGAGUACAAAUUGUCGAAGUUUGGUUUUUAUUUGGACAUAAUGUCUGUUUUCCCGACAUCUAUUUUUGCGUCAUCUCUCGAUCCUAGUGGAAUAACCUUGGCUAUGGAGGUAUCUAGACUGGUCCCAAUCAUCCAAGUCUGGCAUAUAUGGGACUAUAUGGGACAGUGGGGAGCCACUUUUCAUGCUAAUGUAAAGGUGUUUUUUUUCUUCAAGAACUGUGCGAUUUUUAUCAUAUUCUGCUACUGGGCAGGAUGUUUCCUGUAUAUGUAUUCCUGUCCAAAGAGAUUAUGCACUGAGGGUUCUUGGAUGCAACAGCUGAUAUACCUUGAGACGAAGUUGUUCGUGACCCGUCGAGCCAAGCAUGUGCGGCCCAUCCUGUCGUCGAUCGUUUUUGGGACCGCCAUCUUUACCGGGAGUGGUAGUUCCAAUUACAUGCCAGGGAGUUCUGACUUGGUAGUGGUAAUGAUAAUCUUCAUCAUCGGAAUGUAUCUCAAUUGUGUCUACACAGCAAAAAUCUGCAGCGUGUAUUUUCUGUCUAUGGCCCGACGUCUGAGAUUUCGGCAAUCCAUGAGGGAGUUAUUCUACUUCCUCACAGUUAAUCGAGUCCCCUUGAAGAUCAAGAUGAGAGUGCACAAGUAUUUCACGGUACAAUGGUAUUACAACAAUGCAGUGUCAACAACUGAAAUAUUAAGGGAUAUGUCGCCUAGCAUACAACAAGAGGUUCUUUCCAUAGAGAUGGUGGAUACUUUGUUGUUUUGCCCGAUAUUUCAGGAGUGCUCUCAAGACUUCUUGCAGACCGUAGCAGGGUUCGCGUCUAUUGCGAUCUUACCAGACAACGAGGUGGUCCAACAUGCUGCCGAUAUCAACCGGGACAUGUACGUCAUUCAGAAGGGUUAUUGCAAACUUGUCAAUCACGAAGGGAGAAAUGUGAAAACCCUCGGUCCCGGUGAUCAUUUUGGAGUAAUAGAAAUGAUGUUUGGUUUACCUAAGGUAUAUACGGUGUGGACUGCAACCAACUGCGUCUUACGUCGUAUCGAAUACAGUUCCUUGGUGCAGAGCUGGAGCUCAUUCCCCGACGUCAGCGAACCAUUACGAUUUUUACAGAAUAGCGAAGAACUGCGAUCUUUAGCGGAACAAUUUGAAGAAGCAAGGCCUGUUGUAGGACGCAUAGGGAAAAACAUUAACAGAAUUGCUCAAGAGAUAAAAGAAAGUUUCGUUGUCUUGAGGACACAGACAGAAAAGACAGAGUUUACAAGUGUUUUCGAGAAGUUGGGAUAUAUGAGAUAUUGUAGGUACAUUUUUCUACCAGGUUGCAUUACUCCCCACGGUAUGUUUUUAAAGGUGUGGUGUGCUCUGCGUGUGGCUUUUGCUGUAUACUACAUGAUAAUUAUACCCUAUAAUAUUUCUAUACAUUACCAGCGGCAUACUUGUUCUUAUAACUAUACGGAUUUAUUUCUUUACGUGGACAUUAUUGUGAUGUCUUACGUUGCAUAUUACAACGAAAAGUCGCUGCUGAUAGCACACCCCUUAUUAACUACGAAACAAUACUUGAAGACAACGUUUUUGUUUGAUGUUUUGUCAAUUUUCCCCUUUGAGCUACUGUUCCGAUUUGUGAAUGAUCAAAUCGAUCAAGAUAUUUGCAGAAUUAAUCGGCUUCUUCUAGUGCAGAGAAUAUCAGGAGCGUUCUCAUACUGGCAAGGCGAUAUAAUGCAAGUCAACUUUGUUAUGGUUAUGUUGAAGCAUCUACCACUUGUGAUAACAUUGGUGAACCUGAUGACAGCAGUCAUCUUCAUGAACUCAUGUACAUCGAUUACAUUACCGAAUGAUUCGACGAUCUAUGUCCGCUGUGACAGGGCCCUCACCAAUAUGUACUCAGAAUAUGAUCUUGGAUUGCGUUUAAAUGAAUAUCUCGUAACUUUAUAUUGGAUAUUUGCUAUCUUUGUUGGGUGUGGUUGUACCGCUGCAUCCAUCACAACAGCAAUGGAUUUGGUGUUGAUAACCGUUUUAAGGAUCACUGGCUUCCUCUAUUUCGCUUUCAUGUUCGGCUAUAUUUCAUCCACAAGAACAUCCACGUCAAAGUCAUUGCUUGAGCAUAAUGAAAAUACGAAGGAUUUGGAAAACUUUUUAUAUCAACAGAAUGUUGAUCCGAAUCUUACAACGAAAACGAUCAAGUACUUUGAAUAUGUGUGGAAGAGAACAAACGGGAGUAAGCCUCAGGAAAUUUGCCGCUAUCUCCACUCUGCCCUGAUGGAAGACACGCUGGUGUUCAUGUACGAGCGUGCUCUGCGGGAGGUGCCUCUGUUCUGCAACGUGGAGCGAUCCUUCAUCCGCGUCGUCACCCAGCACCUCAACGAGAUGUACUUCCUCAAAGGAGACACUGUUGUUCAGUGUCGUGACCUGCAACAGAACAUCUACAUCAUCUAUAAAGGAAAGGUGGACGUUCUCAAUUCCUACAACGAGAUGGUCUCCUGCAUGGGCCCGGGAGGAAUGUUUGGAAACUUCUCUGGAAAAGCCUUAUCGUGCUCCGAAGUUGCUAUUUACGCUAGUAGGAGCCUGGAUCUGCUAGUAUUACCUAGUCAAACAUUUUUCAAUCUGAUCAAGUAUUAUCCAAAAAUCCAGGGACCUUUACAAAAGGCUUUCACAGUUUCUAAAGAUUACAUUAUGCCGAUAUCCGUAGAUACUGACGGGGGUUCGUCGAAUGAUGAAUCAGAAGGCGAUGAAGACAGAUCAGGAUCAUUAUCGAACGUAUCGGGAUUCACAAACAGGAGCGGGUCUAUCAGCGAUGGAUUCUCGAAAUACGACAAUAUUUCCCAUUCGGCAUCCCAAUCUGAUUUAAGCCAAGCGAAGUCAGCUUCGAGUAUGUCCACAUUCCAUAGUUAUAUGCACAUCUCCAAUCUAUUGAGACCAGGAUCAUUCUUAUAUCAGUGUUUCGGCUAUGUGAGUUGCAUGGUGACCACGGUUAAUUACAUUCUGAUCCUGUACGAAGUUGUGACUCUCAACGACUGCUUGAUUCUUUGUUGGAUACAGGCUUUCAUCGACAUCUUCUUUUACCUAAAAAUUUACAUGUCUAUGCAUCAAGGAUUUUUGAAUAAACGCGGGGACUUUGUAACGGAAGGAGUGAAAUGCCGCAAGAGAUAUAGGCAACAUAAGCUAUGGGGGUGGACUGACGUAUUGGUCAACUUUCCGCUAGAAUUUAUCGCAUUUAUAUUUCCCUCACCCCUAAGGCUAAUACAUUACUUACGAGCCCACAAAAUGUUGAGACUCGUGUACAUUGUAGACUUCUACAGGAAGACUGCGGCUGAACUUACCAACAAUCUUACUACUCUCCAGGUUGUAACGACAUGUGUCGUAAUAGUACUGGUAAUCCACACAGCAUCAUGCGCGUGGCUAACGCUCAUGAUAGCCUCCUCGCCUAUCUGCUACGUCCGCACCGUCAAAGUACAUCUUAUUGACGAAGAAAUUUCGGAUAUGAGAUCACAGAACUAUUGGGACUAUGUGACGUCAAUUUACGUCAUAGUUUCGGAGACGACCACGACUGGUGGUGACGAAUUUGUCAUCGAGUAUUUGGUGGCGAUCGGCCUGUUGACAUUCUGCCUGAUCUGCGGUAAAAUUAUGUCCGCUGUCAUAGUAGGAUCGUCUAUGCAGGUUGCUUACGCCAAGAAACAUGCGCUUGCAAACUACGAGAAUGUAACAAAAUGUCUUAUGAAGGUCUUGUCUAAUCAGGGAUUAUCUGUGUAUCAAGCGAAGAAGUUCUGGGACUAUGUCAAACAUCUGUGGACCUAUGAACGAGGGAGGCAGUUGCCGGUGUUACUAGCGCAGACCCCGCACGUGCGUCGAUGUGACCUGAUGUCCGCCAUGUUUGGUCACCACCUGCGCAACUGUUACCUCUUCGCUGACACUGGAGAUGCGUUCCUAAAGCACCUCACUGCUUCUUUGGAGUACACUGCUUUCUUUCCUGGUAACUACAUCGUCAUGGCGGGCGACACCGAGGCACGGAUGUACUGGGUGGCAUCAGGGACUGUGUCGGUGGUCUCCAUUAGGAGUGACCUCACGGAGACAGUGCACGAGCAGCUCAGUGCUGGGGACGUGUUUGGCAUACUGCAGGGGUUGACGAGGGGGAUGCCACACGUGUUCUCUUACAGGUCUGAGACGAAGGUAAGUGUCCUGUCCCUGUGCCUGGAUCACUGGAUAAACAUCCUGCAGUUCUUCCCAGAGGCUCAUCAGAUCAUCUACGAAAGAUCAGAGUAUCUCUUUACUCAACUCUCGCCUUAA